CGCAGCUCCUCCUCCAGCCCAAGGCUGUUUACUAGGAAAGGAGAGAUCUUUUUGGCAAAAACAAGGGCUGAGACUUUCUUCGAAGGGAGCAGUGUGUCUGUCGCCCUCAGCACAGGCUCUCUUUUGAUUUAAAAAAAAAACAACUACCUUGAGAAAUGAAUUCAUUCGGUCAUCCAUGCAGGAUGUUUCUGUCUUUGCACGUUGUUUUCCUGAGCGCAGCCUUGGUGGACAGCAACGUUUUAAAUGCAAACCAGAAAGAGUGCAUUGAGUCGAAUGGAGUGGGAUACAGAGGAAACGAGCACACUUCCUCCUCAGGUCUGACUUGUCUAAAUUGGGACAAGUCCACGCAGUAUAAUCCUCAUACAGGUGUUGGAGAUCACAAUUACUGCCGAAACCCAGAUUCCUCUGAGCGGCCUUGGUGCUACAUAUCGGGCCCCGACGGAACGGUCCAGAAGCAGUUCUGUUCCAUCGACACAUGUCAAGAGCUGACUUCCAUCGAGUCGACCGAGCCAAGAGCAGCCACUCCCUCCCCGGGCACCGAUGUCCCGUCAAAGACGUCAUCUUCGGGAGAUGCCGCCGCUGUUCAGCCAGUGAUCGGCAUCAGCCAGCGGGCGCGCAGCGGACCCAAAAAGAAAAAAGAUCUGGGCACGCUUGGUUAUGCCCUCGGCAUGGUCAUGAUGGCGGUUAUAAUCCUUCUUGGUGCCGGCAUCACGUUUGGCUACUUCUACAAAAGGGGCCGAGACCUUAAGAAGCAGCACGAGCAGCGAGUGCACGAGCGCGAGAUGCAGAGGAUCAACCUUCCCCUGUCGGCCUUCUACAACCCCACGUGCGAGCUGGUGGACGAGAACACCAUCGUGGUGAUGGCCGAGCCUGAGAUCUCCCCGGUCCAGGCGGUGGAGGGUGCCCGACCCCUCAUGGGCCAGGAAGCGGUCACACCUGGAGCAUGAGGCAGGAUUUCGGAAUAGGUUCUUCUAACCUAAUGGACCAAAAUGACCCCGCUGCCUUUUGGAGUCAGGAUACCGUGUCCCGUUCGUCCCGUUUCCUUUCGUUUUGCCUACAUGAGACAAAUAAGGACAUAUAUGCAAAGGAGGAGGGAGCCAUUCAAUAUGUCUUUUCAUAUAUUGAUAGCCAAAAAAUAAGCUGGUUGCCUGCCUGCCCUCUUUAUUAGGAGAGUUCAGUGUUAUAACAAUGUGACAUGAUAAGAAGCAGGGCGUUAUUCGUAACCCUUUUGUUUUGUACACGGAGAGAGUGCACUCCCUUAUGAAUAUGUGAUGAAUUGCUUUGUGCUUUGGUCCGCUGGCUGUGCCAAGCAGAACCAUGUAUAUAAAUAUAUUGUAUAGAAAAGGUGGGCAUCCUCCUCAAAGGCAGGAUUAGUGGAAGAAAAAAAAAGGCCACAGAAAACAAAAAGACUUCCCCAUCCACAAAUGCCUUAGUAUGGUACUUGGGAAUGUACGUACUUUGAGAGAUGUGUUUUAGUUCCACAGGUUAAGGAGUGACAGGAAUUAUGUUUCUCUCAGGAAGCAUGAGAGGCAGUAAAGUUGGUCCUCUGGAUGACAUAACACUGCCCGUAGUGAACACAGCAGGCACCGGCGGAACAGGAAGUCCUGCCUUUGUAAGCGCACGGUUGCUGUAGAAGCCUGUUGGCAUUUUACCCACACGCUGUUUGUGACAUAAACCCAGUCCGCUAACGUACUUUCCAGAUGCAUGUACCUACAGUGUUUGCACCCUAAAUAUUUUUCACCGACACACCAAGUCUGCUGCAUCACUGGAGAUUUUGAUUACUGCUGUUUAAUUGUUUUGUGUGAUGAAUUGUUGUCUUCAUAUAACAAACAUCCUAAAUGCAGUUGCAUUGAAAUUAAGUGCUUGUGUUUGAAAGAGUGUUUGAUUUUCAGUGAGACUGAAAUAAAAACAGACAAACGUGGGAAA